AUGGAACGUUUACCACGAGGUAUCAACUCUAUUUUAUUGGGAACAGUUUACCAUCCUCCUCAGAGCGAUGACCUUGUUCAUCGAAUGCAUAUCUUCAAAUGUUUGGAUUCUUUACUUGCCACCUGUCCUAAUUCUGCCAUCUUGGUCCUUGGUGAUUUCAAUCAAUUCAAACCAGGUAAUCUCUGCAACUCUUUCAGAUUGAAGAAACUGGUUACCAAGCCCACCAGGGAAAGUAAUAUACUUGACCAAGCUUUUUCAACUCUGUCACCCUACUACGAUGCCAUCAUCCUGCCUCCUAUUGGUAAAUCCGAUCUUUCCAGGAUCUUACUACAACCUAUUUUGACACAUGCUCCAAGUCUACCAACCACACGAUUGCAAAAGCGUGAUUAUCGGGCUCCUAACAAACAAAAUUUGAUCUAUCGUCUGAAUACUGUUAACUGGACGCCACUCAUGCGGCUGAAUUCAUGCGAGGAACAACUGGAUUCUUUCCAGUCGGUAGUUCACGUUGCUUUGAAUUCCUGUAUCCUCAUGCGUACUGUGAAACAUCAUCCUAACGACAAACCAUGGAUUACUCCUGUUAUUAAAGAAUCUAUUAAGAAACGUCAACAAGCUUGGUUGAAUAAUGACUUACACCAAUAUAAUGUUUAUCGCAAUAAAGUGAUAAAACUCUGGAAGGGAGCACGCCAAAGAUUCUACAAGGACAAAAUUAAUCACAUGCAUGAGAGUAAUCCUAAAAAGUGGUGGGACGGAAUCAAGCUGUUGUCUGGACUUUCUAAUCCUCCCCCGUUAACAAGCUUAGCCGUAAAUGGCACUGUUUUGAAGGACUUCGAUCUUGCUGUCGCUAUUAACGAAUCCUUUUGCAGUGUUGCUGCUGACAUACCACAACUAAACUUUACUCCCAUACCUGUUUCCAACAUUCCUGAUGAGUACAUUAAUACCCGUGAUGCCGUAGAACUUGCUUUGGUGGCUGUCGAAGAUCGCAAGUCUGUAGGACCUGACGAGAUUCCCAAUUGGCUUUUGAAAACCUGCGCCACAACUAUUAGCAUCCCUGUGUGUUCCAUGUUUAACUCUUCUAUUAGAGAAGGACGUGUCCCCGGGCUGUGGAAAUGUGCGGAUGUCCUCCCGUUGGGGAAGAUCUCUAGACCGAAGUCUAUUGAUACGGACCUUAGACCUAUAUCUCUAACUGCAGUGUUGAGCAAAAUUCUUGAGUCUUUUGUUUUCAACUGGCUUGCCCCUAUUGUUAUGCCAUACAUCAACCCUUUCCAGUUUGGUAGUGUGAAAAAGUCUUCAACCACUCACGCCCUCGUGCAUUUAGUCCUCUACUGGCUCUCUGCCCUGGAAACGCCUAACACCAUUAUCCGAAUUUCACCGUGUCAUUUUUUAUCAAUCAACCCUUGGCGCAACUCUUGA